CGUGUUUUUCAAUAUAUUUAACUGAUUCCCGUAAAGAAUUCUGGUUUUUGUGACAGAAGAAAGAAGAAGAAGAAAGGAACCUCUGAAAUGGAUCAUGGCGGCCAUGUGCUCGUGGUAGCGUUUCCGGGGCAAGGCCACAUCAACCCAGCUCUGCAAUUCGCCAAACGGCUUCUGGGUAUGGGCCUGAAGGUCACUUUUGUGACGGCGUUCUCCGCCCUCAACCGCAUGACGGAAACCGCCGCCGCCGCUCCGCCGGGAUUGAGCUUCGUCGGGUUCUCCGACGGCUACGACAAUGGCUGGAAAACCUCAGACACGGAACACUUCAUGGUGGAGCAGAAGCGGCGGGGGUCGGCGGCGAUGGAGGAGCUCGUGGCCUCCGCCGCCGCACAGGGCCAACCUUUUGUCCAUGUGGUUUACUGUAUCCUUCUUCCUUGGGUCGGCCGAGUCGCCCAGAAGCUUGGCCUGCCGGCGACGUUUCUCUGGCUUCAGCCGGCCUCGCUUUUAGACAUCUACUUCUACUACUUCAAUGGCUAUGGCGAUGAAAUCAUGAAAAAUUCGGACGACCCGUCUUGGUCCAUUCAGCUCCCUGGAUUGCCGCCGCUCACCGCCGACGAUCUUCCGCCAUUUCUGUUCCCUUCCGAUCCCAGCAACUUCGCAAUCGCUUUGUUCAAAGAGCACAUCGAUGUGAUCACAGAUUCACAACAAACAAACCCGAAUUCGAAAGUUCUGGUAAACACCUUCGACGAAUUGGAAUUCGAUGCCCUGCGAUCCGUCAAGAAGCUGAACAUGAUCGCCGCGGGACCAUUAAUCCCGACGGCUUUCUUGGACGGGAAAGACCCGUCGGACACCUCCUUCGGCUGCGACCUGUUCCAGAAAACAAAAGACUACACGGACUGGCUGAACUCGAAGCCCACUGCCUCUGUAAUCUACGUCUCAUUCGGAAGCUAUUUGGUGCUGAAGGAUCACGAAAUGGAGGCGAUAGCCCGGGGGUUGCUGGAAACCCGGCGGCCGUUCCUGUGGGUGGUUCGAUCGGGCGGCACCGACGACGAUCAAGGGUACGAGCUGAGCUGCAAGGCUGAGCUCGAAGAGCAAGGACUGGUGAUUCCAUGGUGUUCUCAAGUGGAGGUUCUUUCGAAUCCAUCAGUCGGGUGCUUCUUCACCCAUUGCGGUUGGAAUUCUUGCAUCGAGAGUUUGGCUCUGGGCGUCCCUGUGGUUGGUUUUCCCUUGUGGACAGAUCAAGCGACGAACGCGAAGCUUGUUCAAGAUGUCUGGAAGGCGGGGAUCAAAGUGAGGAGAAACAGAGAGGGAAUGGUGGAAGACGGCGAGGUCAAGAGGUGCUUAGAAAUGGCAAUGGAAGGGGAGGAGAUGAGAAGGAACGCCAGGAAGUGGAAGGAUUUGGCAAAGGAAGCCGCCAUGGAAGGUGGAUCAUCCUACUUGAAUAUUAAGAAUUUUGUUGAUGAAUUACGAGGUAUUUGAUGCAUCAUGCAUGGACAUUAUUGUAGUUCAACAUCGUCAACGUCUCGCUAUUAAUCCCGUCAAUAUCUCGUUACUUUUUUUUAACAUUAAUUAACGAAAAUUAUGAAAUUAUAUAUUAAAUUAAAAUUUAGUAAUAUUUUUAUACCUCAA